GUGGUCGCACGAAUGCUGCCUUGGCUCGGACACCUGUCAUUUCGAAGCGACCGAAGCGAAGACAAAUCACAGGACGAGCUGUAAUUUUAAACCGUGCCGUAAUUUAGCGCCACGGAAGAGCGACGGGCCCGGAUUGAAUUCGCGAACGGAGCGCUCUUUGGCGGCACGACCCGCGAGCUUCAGCCACAACAAGUAAGCAAGCAAGCAAUCAAGAGAGUAGGCACAGGUCCAACAUGGGAGAAGACCUAAUUUCCCCCCACCACCUGCUUGCUGGCUGGCUGGGAAUGAAGAUGCGGUACGGCCAGCUCCAUGCCCUUGGGCCGUCCUGUCUGUCUGGAGGCUGGAGCGGAGCUGCCGAGUCGGUCGGCGCGGCGCACUCUCCCGAACCGUGAGAGAGCUGUGAGGGUUGCCCAAAGGGGUAGCAGCCCCCGCGGUGCUUGAUUGCCGCCCACUUAAGGCUAAAUUGGUUUGGUGCUCGAUACGAGGCGUGCGACAGCUGCUCCGACAGCCGAGUCGGCAUCAAUCAUGGCACACGACGGCCGCUAGCGCAGAUUGAGCCGUACGGAGAGAUGGGUCCGACCAAGUUGGACGCCGCCGCGGCCGACCAGCAGCAGCAACAGCAGGAGCAGCAGCGGGACCAAAACAAUCAGCACACACUCGACGACUUUGUGAUUCUCAAGACGAUAGGCACCGGCACCUUUGGCCGCGUGUGCCUGUGCCAAGAAAAGGGCUUGUCCGCCGGUGGUCCGAGCGGUAAACAAGCCGCCGAUGACAAUAAAACCAACGAACGAUACUGGGCGCUUAAAAUCCUGCUGCUCAAAGACGUCAUUCGUCUGAAACAGGUGGAGCAUGUAAAAAACGAGAAGAGGAUUUUGGCUGGCAUCAACCACCCAUUCAUAGUCAGAUUGGAGUGGAGUCACCAUGACAACAAGGCGUUGUACAUGCUGUUGGAGUAUGUGUGCGGCGGAGAGCUCUUUUCCUACUUGCGCCACGCGGGUCGAUUUUCGCCCAAAACGGCGUGCUUCUACUCGGCGGAAAUCGUGAGCGCCCUCGAGUACCUGCACUCCAAGAGCAUUGUCUACCGAGACCUAAAGCCUGAAAACUUGCUGCUCGACAGAGAGGGUCACCUCAAGAUUACCGACUUUGGUUUCGCCAAGAAGCUCACGGACAGAACGUGGACUCUGUGCGGAACGCCCGAGUACCUGGCACCUGAAAUCAUUCAAAGUAAAGGACACAAUAAAGCCGUCGACUGGUGGGCGUUAGGUGUUUUGAUGUAUGAAAUGCUAGCCGGCUACCCUCCAUUUUUCGACGACAAUCCGUUUGGGAUUUACGAGAAAAUUCUCGCUUGCAAAUUAGAAUGGCCCCGCUCGCUAGACCCUAUAGCCAAGGACUUGAUAAAGAAGUUACUGGUUGCUGACAGGACCAAGAGGCUGGGAAAUAUGAAGAAUGGUGCGGAGGACAUCAAAAGGCAUCGGUGGUUUAAAGUGUUUGAUUGGCAAGAUGUGAUGAGUAGAAAGCUAGAGCCCCCUAUUGUGCCUAAAAUAGACUCUGAAGGUGAUACAAGUAAUUUUGACGACUAUCCUGAGCAAAGUGUGGACGAAUCACCAGCUCUCACGGAUUCUCAGCUCAAACUAUUUGACGAUUUUUAGCAAGAUUAUUUUAGGAAUCGCUGCUAGGCUGCGGGAGGAUGAUAAAGCAAAAAGCCAUUAUAUUUAAUGUGACUUAAAACUGAUUGAAAUAGUGCAAGCAGCUGUAACUUAACCUGAAAAGGGCAGUGAUCCUCAUUUCUACUUAGUUUUUUGUCGGCGGCAACACAUUUCAUUUACACGUUUGUUUUACAAUUUUUUUGCCUCUUUUUUAGUUUGUAUAAGUUUUGUUAUAUACGUUUUAUUAUACAAUUGUUUUUCCUAAUUGUUUUUGUUACUUUUUUAUUUUGGUAGCAUCGUAGGUAUUUAUAUGGUUAAAAGAUCAAAGCCAAAUCAAAUUGUGUAAGUAUUGAAUUUCGUCAAGUGCACAACAUGUAUACCAGAGACACAAAAAACCAGACAGUAUGAUAGUUUUAAUUACAAAGAGCGACUACUGACCCUGAAAUAUUUGAAAACUCGUUUGUUAAACAUGGUCUGAUUUUUACAACCUAACACGUUUGCCUCAGUAGAAGUGCAUAUCAAUAUUUCACAGCCUUAACUAUAUAAUAUAUUUGCUGACACUUGCAAUACAUAUUAUACGUGUGGUAUGUAACAAGAAAAUAAUCUAUUUAUGGUGUUUAUUGUAUUAGCAAGAACUGUGCAUAUAAAUAUAUUUAUGGAAUCUAUGUGCUGGAUGUAAUUAUGUGUCGGUAGAUAAAUAAUGUUAAUAGUGAGCAGAAGUAUAUUUGUAUUUUUGAGAGGACAAUAUUUCCACAGUUAAAUUGAAUCGCAACUCGCACAGAAAAAUUGGCUCUGUUUAGGACUGAAAAACUUAAAAAGUGAGAUCCAAUAAAAUUAAAUUCACCUGAAGAA